UCAGUGUGAUCUUGUACUACUAGGCACUUGUGGGCGACAUCACGUGACAACUUACCGACGUGUUGAGAUGGAGGAUCUGCCUUUUUUGUCUUUAUAUUUCGAACGCGUUGGUUUGGGGUUUUGAAUUCUUCUUGGUUCUGCGCUGUCGUCGCAGAAAUGCACUCGCUUUUCUAUGUCUUAUUCCAUCCGCUAAACACGCUCAACUUAUGGCUCGAAGACGAUCCGAAUGCCAGCAUCGUCGAUGUAUUAUACCUCUUCACCACGUUUUCAGCAUUUGGUAUAUGGCUGGUGUUUGACAGAUACCAGAAAGCGGUCAACAGCGCAGUAUCUUUCCACCAUCCUGCUCCAGAGGCGGCAGACCCCAGCUGGGACUCUCGCGUGAUACCCAAUGCCAACCUACGCUCGCAUCUCCAGAUGCCCGACCUCCUUCCUCUCCAAUUUGGAGGAGGUGGACGCGAAUAUAUUACGUGUUUUGACCCCGCUAACAACCUGCACCUCACUUCCGCUCUCGCGGAUGAUGCACGGUCAAUCGAGGCCAAGAUCAAACGCGCGAAAAAUGCACAGAUUAAGUGGUGCGAGACGUCAUUUGGCGAGCGGAGACGCGUCAUGCGCAGCUUACUGAAGUGGCUCGUGGAGAACCAGGAGUUAUGUGCGCGGAUCGCGUGCCGCGACUCAGGAAAGACAAUGAUUGACGCGGCUUUGGGCGAGAUAUUGUCGACGUGCUCAAAGCUAGAGUGGUUGAUCAACCAUGGAGAACGCGCUCUACGAACGGAAACGAGAUAUUCGAAUUUGAUGAUGAGUUACAAGAAGUCACAGGUCAUUUACGAGCCGAAAGGUGUGGUAGCUGCUAUCGUAUCAUGGAACUACCGUUGGUGUUGCUUUAGUGACGUAAUUGAUAAAGCGGCUGAUCUGAUCGUAGCUCUUCAUAAUGCUUGGUCACCGAUUGUCGCAUCUAUUUUUGCCGGAAACGCUAUCGUACUCAAGGCAUCUGAACAUGUUAUUUGGUCUACGGAAUGGUUUGUUGGCGCUAUUCACAAGUGCCUAGAGGUUCUCGGAUACGACGCUGAUAUCGUGCAGACUGUUUGCUGUUGGCCUGACCAGGCUGAAGCAUUGACCAAGUCACCUCUUAUUAAGCACAUUACCUUUAUUGGCUCAGAGGAAAUCGGAAGAAAGGUCGCCAUGGCUGCCACUGAACACCUGACGCCCGUUACUCUCGAGCUUGGUGGAAAGGACCCUGCUAUCAUUCUACCAGACACGGACCUCCAGAAAUGGUCCAGUAUCUGGAUGCGUGGUAUAUUCCAAAAUUCAGGUCAGAACUGCAUCGGUAUUGAGCGUCUCAUUGUGCACUCCAAACAAUACAAUGAAUUAUUCGACAUCUUGACGGAGCGCGUCGCCAAGUUGCGCUUUGGGUCUGUGUUGGCGCCUACUCGCGAGGGCUACAUCAACACCGUAGAUUGUGGCUCUAUGAUCAGCAAUGAUAGGUUUAGUGUACUUGAGGAGCUAGUAUUCCAGGCGCAGGAAGAUGGCGCAAGAGUCGAUAUUGGCGGGAAGGAGCUUUUGCAUACGUCGUGCGAGGGGAAAUCAUUCUUCCAGGCAACAGUGGUAGGUGAUGCCAAACCCAGCUCGAGAAUUUCACAGGUGGAAUUGUUUGCCCCAAUUGCGCUGCUCAUUCGUUAUGAUGAUAUUGAUGAAGCAAUCACUAUCGCGAAUGGAACGCGGUACGGACUUGGCGCCAGCGUCUUUGGACCUCAUCAGGACCUGUGUAUUGAAGUCGCAAAGGAGCUUCAUUGUGGUAUGGUAUCUGUCAAUGACUUUGGGGUGUACUAUCUCAACCAAGAUCUGCCAUUUGGAGGCACCAAAUCUAGUGGAUACGGACGGUUCGGUGGCAGUGAAGGACUUCGUGCACUGACGAACCCUAAAGCAAUUGUCACCGACCGCUGGCCAUCGUUUGUGCAAACCACUAUACCCAAAGUGCUGGACUAUCCCAUACGCUCACUCGUGCGGAGCUGGGACUUCAUCCAUGGUUUGACUAUGCUGUUAUAUGCUGAUGGAUAUCGUGCGCGGUUCAAUGGGCUGUUGCAACUUACGAAAGCUCGCCGAUGAUCUAUGGAUUGUAUUUUUGGCGGGGUAGCAGUCUACGUGAUUUAUGGGCCUGACUCCGUAAGAGAAUCCCACCAGCAGCUUGCAUUGCUGUCUAGUGAGAUUCCAUGAUUGAGUUCAGCUCCUGAUUAGUACUGAUUC